CUGUCAAGUGUCAAAAACGAUCUCUAUUUUAUUUUACUUACUCUAUGGUUUUCAGGUUAGAACUGUUAGAAGUAUUAAAAGAUUUUUUUUGUCCAGUCUUAGGUCUUAUUGGAACACUUUGAAAAAAUUAAGAAUAACAUGAGAACAUGGCUUCAAAAGUAGUAAAGUCAGUAAAAACCUUGGGAGUUUUUCAAAAACCGGGCCUGUUCGACAAAGGAACAGGAGCUUUACUGCCAGAAGCUUAUAAAAAAUUUUACAAAGAGUGGAGACUUACCGAGCCUUCUGCAGUACAUUAUAUUCCCGAAGAUGGAAAAUGGAAGCGAGAUGAAGUCACAGGAGAGGUGCAUCCUGUGCAAAACAUCCCCUUACCACUUAUUUACCCCAAAGAGCACAACAGGCAUAUGUGGGGCGGAGAAGGAAUAGUGCAAGGUUUCUUUAAAAGGGCCCAUAACCGAAGGAGAGUGCCACAUUUUUGGACUCCUUUGCUUCAAAGAACUGUCGUUCAUUCUGAAGUUUUGGAUAAAUUUUUUUCAGUAGUUGUCACUGAUCGAACCAUUCAUUUGAUUAAUUCUAAUUAUGGAUUUGAUCACUAUCUCUUAAAGACACCAGCUUGUGAUCUCAAAUCUCUUCUGCCUCUAGGACUAAAACGGAAAAUACUUAAAGAGCUUGAGGCAGGAUGUCCGUCAUUAAAGGACAAACCUCAAGUUCAGAAAAGGGUUUUGGAGAAAUAUGGAAAAUAUUUAGAUGCAUAUACUUCAGAAGAAAUCGAUUGGUACGGGUACUCAUAUACAGAAGCCUGCAGACGCCUCGAAGAACAAAUAGAAUCCCAAAAAACCGUAGUGCCAUUGAAACAUGUGUAUAGAUCGCAGCUUAUUGACAAACUCCGAGCAGCCAAUAUUGAGGAAGCUAUGACGCAAUCUUUAAAGUCCAGUGGCUUACCUGAAACGUGGCUGCAGAAGAUGAACCCAUUUGGUAAAAAGAAAACUACUUAGAAUCCCAAAGAAUAUAUUUGUAGAUUUUCAUUUUAUAAAAACUAUAUUAUCCUGUUCUAAUUAAUAAAGUUGUUUAUACAGUAGAA